UAUCUCUUUCUCCCUACCUCCCUCUCUCCCUCUUUCUAUCUAUCUCUCUCACUCAAAUACACACUCUUCCUCUCUCUCUCUCCCUCUCUCUUUCUAUCUCUCUCUCUCUCACACACUCUCUCUCUCUCUCUCUCUCUCUCUCUCUCUCUCUCUCUCUCUCUCUCUCUCUCUCCCAGCGUGUGAGUGCAAGCCAAUGAGCGGCCGUGUUGCGGCUCCUCGCGCCUCGGCGUGCUCCCUCCGCCAGCAGCACCACAGUGGUGCCUCUUAUCAAAGAAAUACACAACUACUCCAACCCAGCUCACUCACACCUCUCGCCAUGGGCAGGGCGCGCUUUUCCCGCUACCUCUGUUUGCUUUUCGUCCUCAUUAACGCUUCCCGUGUGAUGGGAAAUGUGGGAGUAGCAGAUGCGGACGAAUGCUCUGAGGCCACAGACGACUGCCACAUUGACGCCCUGUGCCAGAACACCCCCAAGUCCUAUAAAUGCAUCUGUAAGGCUGGCUAUAAGGGAGAUGGCAAGCAGUGCGAAGAUAUAGACGAGUGUGAUAACGACUACAACGGAGGCUGCGUGCACGACUGUAUCAACAUCCCUGGAAACUACAGGUGCACAUGCUACGAUGGCUUCAUGCUGGCAGAUGAUGGACACAACUGUCUAGAUGUGGAUGAGUGUCAGGACAACAAUGGCGGGUGCCAGCAGAUCUGUGUGAACACCAUGGGCAGCUACGAGUGCCAGUGCAAGGAGGGCUUCUUUCUGAGCGACAACCAACACACCUGCAUCCACCGCUCUGAAGACGGGAUGAACUGCAUGAAUAAAGAUCAUGGCUGCGCGCACAUCUGCAGGGAGACUCCUAAAGGUGGCGUGUCGUGUGAGUGCCGGCCGGGGUUCGAACUGGCGGAGAACCAGCAGGACUGCAGAUUGACGUGUAACUAUGGGAAUGGCGGUUGCCAGCACACAUGUGACGACACUGAGGUGGGACCUGUGUGCGGCUGUCACCAGAAAUAUGCCCUCCACUCCGACAGCAAGACCUGCAUCGAGAAAGAUGAGGCUGCAAUUGAGAGCUCUGAGUUCAAUACCACGUCAGUAGCUGAUGUGGACAAGCGGGUGAAACGGCGUCUACUUAUGGAGACCUGUGCGGUGAACAACGGCGGAUGCGACCGCACAUGUAAAGACACAGCCACUGGGGUCCGCUGUAGCUGUCCUGUGGGCUUCACCUUGCAACCUGACGGCAAGACGUGCAAAGACAUUGACGAGUGUCUGGAGAAUAAUGGAGGCUGUGAUCACGUCUGUAGGAACACGGUGGGCAGCUUCGAGUGCAGCUGUCAGAAAGGCUACAAGCUCCUAACCAAUGAACGAACCUGUCAAGAUAUUGACGAGUGCUCUUUUGAGAGGACCUGCGAUCACACUUGCAUCAACUACCCAGGAAGCUUUGAGUGUGUGUGUCACAGAGGCUACACUCUCUAUGGCUUUACACACUGUGGAGAUAUCGAUGAGUGCAGCAUCAAUAAUGGGAGCUGUGAGCAUGGCUGUGUGAACACACAGGGUAGCUAUGAGUGUGUGUGCCCGCCUGGGCAGAAGCUACACUGGAACAAGAAGGACUGUGUUGAGACGGUGAAUUGCCUGCCCAAUGGGAAGCCAGCUCCUCGUGCUCUGCUCAGCUGCACUAAGACCGGUGGUGAGGAGGUGUGCUCGCUGUCCUGCCCAUCAAACGCCCUCUUCCUGGCAGACUCUGAAAACAGUUACACUCUGAGCUGUGGAGUACCAGUACAACCAGGCAAAGCGACACCAAAGAGGAACACCACCAACACCACUACCUCCAGCACCUCAACUCUGCAGAGCUGCACAGAAACCCUGGCCCAGCCCGUUAAGCAGAAGGCACGGAUAAAGAUCAGGGACGCCAAGUGCCACCUGAAACCCCACAGUAAAGAGAAGUAUCGAGAUGUGGCCAAACAGAGCCUGCAAGGAGGUCAGUUCCCCUGCACAGACGACUGCCAGGUCACGUUUGUGAAUCUGAAGUGUGAGUCUUCUAAAAAGCGCCGGCGUGGGCGGAAGUCUCCUUCUAAAGAGGUCUCGCAUAUCACCGCCGAGUUUGAGAUGGAGAUGAAGGAGGAAGAGGCUUCAGAAUCGUGUAACGUGGACUGUGUGCGGGAGAGGACGAAGCAAAGGCUACAGAACACACUGCGAACCCUGAGGAGAUCCAUUAACAAUCGGCAGUUCUAUAUUCAGUUCUCGGGAACGGCGUACGACGUGGCGCUGCGCGCUGCACGGCAGUCAGAGAGAGCCGAGACGUGCAGCACGGGGCAGGUCCUCACCGACGGCAAGUGUGUCAGCUGCAGUGUGGGGACUUUUUACAGUGGAGAGCAGAAUCAGUGUGUGCAGUGUCCUCCAGGAACCUAUCAGGACAGAGACGGCCAGCUGUCCUGCGAGCCCUGCCCCAGCACUGAGCUACAGGGCACUGCAGGAGCCAAGAACGUCUCUGAGUGCGGAGUUCGAUGCCCAGCUGGACAUUUCUCUGCUGAUGGUUUCCGGCCGUGCCAGCUGUGCCCGCUGGGCACCUUUCAGCCGGAGGUUGGGCGCGUGCUCUGCUUCCCCUGCGGUGGAGGACUGAUGACCAAACACACAGGAAGCACCUCAUUCAGAGAGUGUGAAGCAAAAGUGCACUGUGCAUCAGGACAUUUCUACAACUCCAGCACUCACCGCUGCAUCCGCUGCCCCCCCGGCACAUACCAGUCCGAGUUCGGCCAGAACUACUGCAUCACCUGUCCUGGAAACACCACCACCGACUUUGACGGAGCCACAAACGUCUCUCACUGCAAGAAUCAAAUGUGUGGAGGAGAGCUGGGAGAUUUUAUGGGGUACAUCGAGUCGCCCAACUACCCCGGAGACUACCCAUCUAAUGUGGACUGUGUGUGGACCAUCACCCCCCCCAAUAAACGCCGCAUCCUCAUCGUGGUGCCUGAGAUCUUCCUGCCCAUUGAGGAUGAGUGUGGGGAUGUUCUGGUUAUGAGGAAGAGCUCCCAGCCCACUUCAAUAACGACCUAUGAGACGUGCCAGACUUACGAGCGGCCAAUCGCCUUCACCUCCCGCUCCCGCAAGCUCUGGAUCCAGUUUAAAUCCAACGAGGGAAACAGUGGGAAGGGCUUUCAGGUGCCCUACGUCACCUAUGAUGAGGAUUACCAGCAGCUCAUAGAGGACAUCGUUCGAGAUGGAAGACUCUACGCAUCAGAGAAUCAUCAGGAAAUCUUAAAAGACAAGAAGCUGAUUAAGGCUCUGUUUGACGUCCUGGCUCACCCUCAUAACUAUUUCAAGUACACAGUUCAAGAGUCCAAAGAGAUGUUCCCACGCUCCUUUAUUAAGCUGCUACGCUCCAAAGUCACCAGGUUUCUACGGCCGUACAAAUAAAACCUGAAGCCCGUCUCUAUCUCAAACCCACUUCUACCCUUCUCUUCUCUUAAAAUCCUCCUUUCUUCUGUAUUUCUCUGCUUUUCUCUCUGUUUCUCCGCCUCUGAAACGUUUCGGCUUGCUCGCUAGAUCCCAGAAUGCCUUGUUACCACAGAAAGAUGAGCUCUGGCCUUUCUCCUACCUCUCAUCUGGACUCUCUUUCCACUUCUUUUCUCAUUUUUUUUCUCUUUCUGUGCUUUUUGUUCCCCCUUUUUUUGUGUUUUUCUUCGUUUUGUAAUGCUUUUAAAUAUUUAUGUGCUACAACUAUGUGCAGAGACCCACUCCCUGGAUGUUUAAUAUCUAUAUAUUUGUAUGUAUAUGUAUGUACGUGUGCAUAUAUACAGUAUAUAUGCAUGUGUGUUCGUAAGCAUGUGCGAGCUUAUGUGCUGUGCAGGUGUAUACCCACAUACACACAUGGAUAUAUAUUGUUUUUUAUUAUUUUGAGAAAAAAAAAAAAAAAAGAAAACAAAGGGAAAAGUAUCUCAUGCCCCUGACGUGCACAAGAUCGCUUUUUUUUUUUUGGAAUGACUGGUGCACUUAAAGAUUUUUCCUUCAUUUCAUAACAUUUCAAGAGAACCGAAUCACUUCACAGUGUCUGAAAAAGAGAAGAAAAUAGAUUUAAAAGACGUGUAUAACAAGAAAAAGACUACCUGCCAGUAACAGAGGGUUACUAUGGAGUUACAUUUAUGUUUUGUAACUAAUAUUUGGAAACUUUUAAUUGCACUUGAGUUUUAUAUUGUAAACUUUAGGAAAGAUUUUUUUGUUUUGUUUGUUUGUGUUGUAUAGAAAUGUUGUAACUUGGCUGUAGAAACGAGGGACGUCUUGAUCGCUCCUCUCUCCUGGCUGAAAUGGAAAACUUUUAGAAAAUUAAAAACAAGGGCCGGCCUCACCUCUCCUGAACAGCUGCUUCCAAAAGUAAAAAUAACAGUUCACACAGUGAAAAAACACUUGAUUUAUUUUUCUGAUACAUAUUUCAGCUAAAGCUUUGACUUUGACAGCCUUGUACAGAGUAUUGUUUUAUAUGACAUCAGUGUAGCAUGACCAUUUGCUCAUCAUCUCUUAUCAUUAUUAUAAAAAUGACAUUAAGGUAACGUUUUUAUUUUUCACAAUUUUAGGGCGUUUUUACACCUGUAGUUGUUAAAGUUUCCAUGGUCCAAAUCAGUUGAUAUGUUUGUUUUCUUGGAGCGCUUCUCCCUCUGUUUGGUUUGUUUUCACACAGGCAUAUGAACCUAAAGAGUAAAUAUAGUGAGAAGAUUCUGUGUUCCAGUGUGUAUAUUUGUGCAGUUUAAACUUUUGUAAAGCUUUAACACAGAACGCUGAAAAUUUGGAGAAGGGUAAUGCUGCAGACCGGAGCCCCAGUGGGCGUGGCUAAAGGGCGGAGCAUGUGUCAAUCAUUUUUGACUGCAGCCAAUCUGAUACUACACUUUCCAAUCAUCAGACAGACUUACCUGUCCAUCAUUUUUUACUGCAGCCAAUCACCUUAACAGAUCUGUCAAAAGAAGGCGUAAACUGCGGUGCUACCAGAUUUAGAUAUUUUUAAAUAAAAGAUUAAAAUACUAGUUUUUCUGGAAUGGCUUUUUGUGUUUUUUUUUCCUUAUUGCAGUAUACACGAUUUAAUGCAAUUACUGCAAUAAAGGAAAAAAAAAAAAACUCGUAAGUGCCAUUCCAGAAAAACUAGAAUUUUAAUCUUUGAUUAAAAAAUAUCUAAAGUCAGGGCUUUUCUAAUGUUUUUAUUCAGUUACUUCUGUUUAAGAGCGGCAUAUAGGCAGGACUAACUACAGUAGCACAUACAUGUGUUUAAACUGUUAAUGUAGUAUUUUGUAAAAUACUUAUACAGCUUCACCGCUGUUCAGAAGUUUAAAUCGUUUAAGCGUUAGCACCGCAGUUCCCGCCUUCUUUUGACAGAUCUGUUAAAAAGAUCUGCAGUAAAAAAUUAUGGACAGCUUGGUCUGUCUGAUGAUUGGCUUAAUAAAAAGUGAUUGACAAUGAAAGUGUAGUAUCUGAUUGGCUGCAGUCGAAAAUUAAUGGAUUGACACAUGCUCCGCCCUUUAGCCACGCCCACUGGGGGCUCCGGUCUGCGGCAUUACAUAGAUGAAAAUUUGCAUUUUGAAACUCAGUGUUUUUAAAUAGGACGUGCAGCACAAAUGUUCACAUUGUAAACGGAGUUGCGUGGCUGUGAGCAGUAAACGCUGCACAUAGCGCAUGUGUAAAUAGCAUGGAGCAGCAGAGACAGUGUUUGUGCAUUGCUUUAUCAGCAGUUUAGCUCAAAUAAAAGGAGUAUAUUUGAUAAUGCCAGUCAAGUGAUUUGACUGCAGUGUUUUAAAGAAAUUGGGACCUUAAUGGUCAAUUAAAUUAAUAAUAUUAAUAAGUUAAACGCAAUAUAAGAUGGUAAGUUAAAAAAAGUUACAACUAAACUGAAUAAAUCAGCUCAUAAUAUCUCAUUAUAUAAUUUUUUACUAAAAUAAAUUAAGUGAUUUUACUUCAGUAUUAAACUGUGUGACCGUAUUAUUGGCUAAUACACGUGCAUCUCAAAAAAAAUUAUCAUUGAAAAGUUACUUUAUUUCACAGAGUAACUUUAACAAUCAAGCUGCUUGAGGUUUAGUGUUCUGCUGACAACUUUUAUGGAGAUGCAGAUUUCAUUUUUCAGUAGGACAUGGCACAUUAUUGCUGUAAUAAUUGCCAUAAUCAUCAAUAAAAACAAAGAAAUAAACGAUUAAAAUAGAUCACUCUGUGUGUAAUACAUCUAUAUCAGGGAUGGGCAACUUCCAUGAUGGAGAGGGCCACAUUUUUUUCAGCAUGACCAUUGGAGGGCCACAUGACCUCGCACUUCAAAUAAUUGAAUAUGAAAAACGCUACAAAUGAUUUUCAAUAAGAACAAAUUUUAUAUGAAUUUAUAUCUGUAUGUUUACAGCACCAACAUUUAUCAACAACUAUUUUCUGCAUAUUAAUGCAUUUUAAUACGGCAAAAGACAAACCGUUUGCUUAAAAAAAAGUGCAAAAAGGAAGUCCUUCAUAUCAAAGAACAAAAAGUUUGCUUAAAAAACUGAUUGCAAAUACA